AUGUCCAACCACAACUCUUUCGACCUCGCUUGGUUCGGGCCAAACUUGCAGGGGCCAAACGCCUAUCUGGACACGCCUCUGCGAAGCGUCACUGUAUGGGCUUCCGGUCCUGACUAUGUCGCCUGGAACCUAUCCUUCACUUUCUCGACGCCAAUUGGCGGUAGCAUCUCCUACGUCCAAGUCGUUCUUCGCCCAAACGAGACAUGCUUUCGUCCUAUUCUAUACGGCUCUGUCGGAGACCUGGCCUAUCCGCAAGGACUCACCACCGUACAAUUCAGAGGUGCCGAGAGCCCAUAUUCCACCUCCACUGCACGGCCGAUAUUGACGGCCAACUUUAUGGCUCCGCGCACUAUGAGGAGCACUAUCAAUAUGAUGACGAACAUCGUCCCUGGAUAUCGUCUUCGCGAGGGCAAUAGAGGGUCUGAUGGAUGGACUUAUUACAUCGCCCAAGCGUUCGUCCAGGACGGAGCGCUUAACGCCAACACAAUGCUACAUUUCGAUAACGCAAUUCAGGCAAUUCGCAAUUCGUCGAGGGCUUUGUCCCGAGCUGUUAGCUUCCCUCCAACCUUUGGUACCCCGAUUCUCUAG